UCCGUUCGGGCAAAGCUUAGAGGGUAGGAAUAGUAUCUGCUGCGCAACUUGUCAAAAGUAAGAACGCAAAUCUCUAAUCGAUCAGAGAAGCGGCUUCUAGGUCAGGCGGAGAGGAGAGGCAAGGCAAGAGCACGCUGUUAGGAAUUCAACGCCAGUCUUUCUUUUGAUCUUUAGACAGAGACUGAGAGAGAUGCAGAAUCAAGAGGGCCAAUUAGCGGAUGGAGAAGCAGAGGCUAAGGCUACGCCUGCGCCUUCUGAGUUUGAAGAUUGGGCUAAUUUUGCAGACGAAGAUAUUAUGCAACACCACUCUACGAUUCGCUCUGUUGAAGCCGAUAAAAUUCCUUUUCUCGGUGACAAGGAGCCUCUUUCCGCAUUGGCUGCUGAAUAUCAAUCGGGAAGCCCUAUUUUGCUCGAGAAAAUAAAGGUGCUGGGAGAGCAGUACGCUGCCAUUAGGCGAACGCGCGGAGAUGGGAACUGCUUCUUUCGAAGCUUCAUGUUUUCAUACCUUGAGCAUAUUUUGCAAACACAAGACCGAGCAGAAGUUGAUCGUGUCAAAAUAAAGGUGGAAGAAUGUAGAAAAACGCUUCAGAGUUUGGGAUAUGCUGAUUUUACCUUUGAGGAUUUCUUUGCGUUAUUCCUGGAGCAGUUGGAUUGUGUUCUUCAGGGAAAUGAAACUUCAGUAAAUCAUGAUGAGCUCAUAAAUAGGAGUAGAGAUCAGUCAAUUUCAGAUUAUGUUGUCAUGUUUUUCAGAUUUGUUACUUCUGGCGAAAUACGAAGACGCUCCGACUUUUUUGAACCCUUUAUAUUGGGGUUAACAAAUGCAACAGUAGAACAGUUCUGCAAGUCCUCUGUGGAACCAAUGGGUGAAGAGAGCGACCAUGUGCACAUUACUGCCCUAUCUGAUGCGCUAGGGGUACCAAUUCGUGUUGUAUACCUUGACCGCAGUUCUUGUGAUACAGGUGGUGUUAGUGUUAAUCAUCAUGAUUUCAUUCCUAUGGCCAGUGAUGUCCCAAAUCCUGCUACUGAUGGCUCUGUGACCAAAAAUCCCUUCAUUAACUUGCUUUAUCGUCCGGGUCACUAUGAUAUUCUCUACCCAAAGUGAUGUGUUGCUGGCCCUGGCUGUUAAUGGAUUCCUGGUAAAUUGGUGGGGCUAUGAAGGAAAGCAUGGUGGCAGGAACCUUGAUGUUGUAAGGCAAAGGCCUAGGACCCUGAUGUUGUAAGGCAAAGGCCUAGGCUCAUUUGCUUUAUGCUGUAGCUUUUGAAAAAAUUUCAAAUGCUUCUGAACUCUGAAUGGGGAUAUUGAUGCAAGGUUGCUUGAAAAGAUGACACUCAUCAGUUUAAAUUCAUGGAUUGAGCAGGUCUCACAUGGUCUUUAAUCAUCUUUGUGAAAUUGCAUUGCUGAGGGAGGGGGGAAAUAAUUAUUUGAAUUGUUUUCUCUUAUAUAGCUUCUCUUUUUUAACAGCUUUGAUGUUUGUCAUACCUAUAUAUAAAAGUUACAGGUCUGCUAUUUGCAGCCAUUAGGUUUCAGAUCAGGCGGUAGCAAUUAACAAGGCCUGCUGUAAUAGCUGGUUAAUGACAAUGUUACCGCGAAUGUCCGAGCAAGUUGUUGGAAAAUUUGGACUAAUAUUGGCAUAGCUGUCAUAAAUGAAUUAUUAGUUUAUUUCUAGUCUUAGGAAGUAUUA